AUGUCUCUUCGCCAAGGUUGCCACGGACUAUUAACCGUCUUACUAUUAAAUUUCAUAUUGAUAAUGCUAUUCUCAAUGUCAGCAAGUCGGUCCGAAAAUUCUUCGAAGAAUGGAAAGAAAACUAUAACAAUUACUGGACUUAUCCCAUUAACUGUACGCGAAGGUCAGUGGAAUGCUAUGGGUGCACUCCCUGCAAUAAAAAUGGCAGUUCAAGACAUCAAUGAAAGCCCAAACAUAUUAAAAAAUUAUAACGUGAAUUUACAGUGGGGAGAUACACAGGCUAGUUCAUCGCAUGCUUUAUCCUAUUUCUUAAACACUACAAGAUGGAAGCAUAAAACGCAAAUAUUGAUUUCUGGUGGAUAUUCUGAAGUUAUUGCCUCACUUGCAAUGGUUAUUCCUUCCUUUAACUUAUUACAGGUUUCCUUUGCUUCAGUUAGCUCUGAUCUAUCAGAUAGUGAAAAAUAUCACAACUUUUUCAGGACAUGUCCUGAUAUAACACAUCUAACACGACCAAUUCUACCGGUUUUAGCGCAUUACAAUUGGACAAGUGUGGCUAUUUUACAUACUGUUAGCGUAACCUUUAAUAGGGGUGUUGAAAUACUGAGACACGAUCUUGGAAAAGCUGGAAUAAAAGUUUUAGCUGACGAAGAAUUUACAUAUUUAUCUAACUUAAAAAGAGAACUAAAGAGUAUUCUGGAUAGCAAAGCACAUAUCAUUAUUGCGCUUAUUCACGAAGCUGAUGCAGUGAAAGCUUUCUGCCAAGCUUUUCAUCUUGGUCUUUACGGAAGGGAAUAUGUAUGGUUUGUAACUAGUUGGAUAACGGAAAAUUUCUGGACAAAUAGUAUCAAUGAUGCAAGUAUUAACUGUACCUCUGAACAAAUUAAAGAAGCUGCGCAGAAUUAUCUUAUAGUAGAUUUCGUUGAAAUCGAAUACAAUAAUAUCACUGCAGUAUCGGGAAUGACUCCUUACCAAUUUCAGCAACGCUACAUAGACCUCGCUGAAAAAAAACAGAUAGAAAAAAAUCAAUACGUUGGGUUUGCUUAUGAUGCUAUUUGGGCCAUAGGAUUGUGUCUUGAUAAUGUUAUCCGAGAAUUGGCUGCCGAAAACAAGAGCUUAGAUGAUUUUCGGUAUAGUGAUUCUUUUGUCGGUAGGACCAUUCUUAAAGAAAUGCGCAAAGUAAAAUUUCAGGGGAUUUCAAUACUAUUGUUUGGACAGGGAUUUAAAAUAUUGAAUAAUUCUGAUCAAGAGCCACCGGGUGUUAAUCUUUUCAGGCAGCUACAAGGUGUGGCAUAA